AUGAGGCUCCUAGAGACGAUCGACGGCCGCACGUACAACCUGACGAAAGAGUUUGGUGGCGAUGACCAGGUGCCUCCAUACGCUAUACUAUCCCAUACAUGGGAUGCAGAUCAGGAAGUGAUCUUUGAGGACAUAGUCAAAGACAACAAAAGCAGGUACAGCAAGCUACACGCCUCCUUACGAUUACGACUACAUUCCGGUAAACGAGGCUACAACAAGCUUCGAUUUUGUGCGCAGCAGGCCGUACGUGAUGGUUUUCGCUAUUUCUGGGUAGACACUUGUUGCAUUAACAAGAAAAACACGCUGGAAUUACAGACUGCGAUCAAUUCUAUGUUCUGUUGGUAUCGAGAUGCAGCUAAAUGCUACGUCUACUUGUCAGACGUGUCAGCAGCCAGCAAAAGCCGGGCCAUCGAUUCGGCCUCAUGGCAAUCUGCUUUUCGAGAGAGUCGUUGGUUCCGUCGUGGCUGGACUCUUCAAGAACUACUCGCUCCAGCUUCGGUAGAGUUCUAUUCAAAGGAAGGUGUGCACUUGGGUAAUCGCCUCGAUCUGAAAGAAGUGAUUCACGACAUCACGGAUAUCCCUUUAACAGCUCUAUCUGGAGUUCCUUUGGAUCAAUUUAGUGUGGACGAAAAACUAUCUUGGGCAACAGAACGUGAAACCACUCGAGAAGAGGAUGAGGUGUACGCACUACUUGGCAUUUUCGACAUUACAUUGCCUUUCAUAUACGACGAAGGGUAUGACAGGGCUUUAAGACGGCUUCUCGAAAAAAUCUACGCUGUCCCUGAUGAGCAAGAAACUUUGAAGGCACAAAAAUCGAGAUCAACCAUACCGUUCGGACGCGAUAGCGACUUUGUGACUCGGGCCAGUCUGAGUGCGGUGCAUCGACUGUGCACAAAGCCUGGGAUUCACGCAGCCCUUGUCGGUUUAGGUGGUGUUGGAAAGUCUCAGAUUGCCAUUGAGUAUGCCUACCAGAUGCUCGAAGAGAGGCCCGAUACAUGGGUGUUCUGGGUGCACGCAGAAACUCAGUCAAGAUUCAAAGAGUCAUACUAUGCAAUUGCUAAGAAGACUAAACUGAAUGGUUGGGAUGAUCCUCAGGCAGAUAUCCUUCAACUUGUGAGCGUUUGGCUACGUAAUGAAGCGAACGGACCAUGGUUGAUGAUACUUGACAGCGCCGAUGAUGUGGGCGUGCUGUUUGACGAUACUCCAGUAUCUUGUGCGACCGAUGGAGCCAACCAGACACCCGAGAAGCCGCCUUUAUCGUGGUUUCUGCCACAUAAUUCUAAUGGAUCCAUGCUUGUUACCUCUCGAAGUCGCGAGGUUGCCUGCAGGCUCACUGGGGACGCCAGCAAUAUCGUUGAAGUCGGGCCAAUGGAUUACCAGGAUGCCAACACCCUACUUAGAAAGAAACUUACUGGCAACGCUCGACAAGAUGAGGCUGAUCAGUUGAUCAGUCUCCUCGGAAACAUGCCACUCGCUCUCACUCAGGCGGCGGCUUUCAUCAACCGGACUCCCCGCAUGAGUGUCGCAAGGUAUCUGGACGACAUCUGUGGGGACGAUAUAUACCUGUUGAACAAGAACGUAGUGGAUAUUCGCAGGGAUGAUCAGGGUUCAAACUCAAUCAUGACGACGUGGCAAAUUUCGUUCGAGUAUCUCCGCAAACGCUCUCCGUCGGCUGCUAGACUGCUAUCGCUCAUGAGUUUUUUCGACCGACAGGGAAUUCCAGCGUCGCUCCUUCUGCGUCAGUAUGCUGAAGAGGGACUUGGCGAAGCAGAUUUUGAUUCUGACAUGUAUAUGCUGACCAGUCUCUGUCUCGUCAAACAAGCUGGCAAAGCAAGUUUUGAGAUGCACGGACUCGUACAGUACUCUAUGAGGAGAUGGCUUGAAAUGCAGGAUGAGCUCGAGCACUGGAAGGGAACCUGUAUUGCACUUAUCUGCGAGGACUAUGCCGAACAGGGACGCGAGAAUUGGCCCAUCCAACAAUCUCUGCUCCCGCAUGCUCUAGCUGCUCUGGACAUACUCCCUGUUAGUGCAGAUCCGUCAACACUCAAAUGUUUGAAUAGCCUCGGGUUAUCAUUGAAAAUGCUAGGCCGAUACGAAGAAGCAAAGACUGAACUCCAAAAAGUGGUAAAUGCAUAUGAAAGUACAUUUGGAACAUCCGAUCUGGCCACGAUCACCUCUAGUAUCAAUCUGGCUUCAAUAUAUAACGACCAACAGCAAUGGACCGAAGCCGAAAAGCGUACUAAGGAAGUCCUGCAAACCAGCAAGGAAACGCUGGGGCCCGACCACAUGGUUACCAUGACCCGCAUGGCUAACCUAGGCACAACAUACUGGCAAGCAGGGAAACUCGAACAAGCCCAAGCGUUGGAUAUACAGACUCUCGAGCUCCGCAGGAUCAAUUUAGGAGAAGACCACCUGAUGACAGUGGACAGUAAAAACAACCUCGCAGAAACCUACUUGUGUCGGAGGCUCUACCGUGAGGCCGAGGCAUUGCAGUUAGAAGUCCUUGAAUACCACAUCAGGACAGAUGGAGAACUUCACCCAUUCACACUUACAAUGCAAAGUAAUCUGGCGAUGACGUAUAAGCAUCAAGGACGCCUCUCGGAGGCUGAAACGCUACACAAAGAGACUCUGACCAAGAUGACGGAGGUAUCGGGGCCUGAUAGUCCGAACACACUAAGUUGUAUGAGAUCUCUCGCAUGGACGUACGAGGCACAAGGUCGCCUCAAGGAGGCUAUCGAGCUGAUGGGGAAGUGCUGUGAGACAUUUGAUAGAGUGUACACGCCAGACAGCGGAGAAAUGUUCGGGUUUAGAGAGACCUUGAGGUCGUGGAGCAAGGAGCUAGAGCAAGGCUGCGAUGAACAUUAG